AGAAGCGGCCCCGAGCCAGCCUGGCAGGGAGAAUGCAGAAGGGAAUAUCAAGGAAGGCCGCCCAGUGGUGUCGCUGAGCUGUCUUCAGGGCGAGAGGGAUAAGGCCAGAAAAGGGGGGUAAGACCAAAACAGCCUUCCUGGUUGUGGGAACAGCAUGUAGAAAAGGGCAGGAGUGGACAAGAAGUUGGCCAACGCAUCAACUUUGCUAAAGUUGGGGAGGAUGGGGAGAAGGGAGCCCGGGGAAAGGCUUGGAGGGGAGACGGGCCAUGUGAGUUCAGUGAGUACUGUUGCCUGGCCUGCAACCCUGCAGACUUAGAGGUAGGUCUGUUGUUGGCUCCUUUUUUGCAGAUGUAGAAACUGAAACUCAGAGAGGCUAGGUAACUAGCCCAAGAUCACACAGCCAGAGCAUCUCAGAGCUGGGAUUUGAGCUCAAGCUGUCUGGCUCCUGAGCUCAUGACUUAACUACUAGACCACAAUGCCGCCUUCCCCAGCUUCUCGACAGUGGGGCCGAGGGGCAGCGGAGGAGCCCCUCUGGAUCCCAGCCUGCUCUGGUUUUCCCCUCCCCUCCCCUGGAAGAUCACAGCAAGCAUGGAAGGAGGAGAAUCUGGGUAGAAAUUCUCAGGAGGCCUGCCCACCACAGGGCCUGAAGGAAGAGCUUCUGUGGAACACCACCCCUACCCCCUGCAGAGCCUGGCAGACAGAGGUAACCAAUGAGACAGGCCUUACAGGAGCCCAGGAAGGGUGGAAACCAGGGAAGGCUUCCUGGAGGAGAUGGAGGCACCAGCCUCGCUGGGUGGCGAGGGCUGUGCAGGUGGAGAAGGGAGAGCAGCCUCAAGGCAGGGAAACUGCCUAUGCAAAGGUGCCACAGGUGUCUGGGGAGCCACGCAGCCAGCUGGGGCUGGAAAGGCCAGGUGCGGCUGAGCUGGGGAAGCUUCAUGUCCAGGGUGAGGCCGAAGGUCCUGGUCCUGCUGGCAGUGAGGCCCUGGGCAGGAGAGGUCAGAGGGAGGGAGGGAGGCAGGGAGGGGGGGGCUGCUCUAAGCCGCUUUGAAGUGAUGACGAGGGACAUCAGCGAGUGCUGCUCUUGGUCAGUGAGGAGCAUCCCGGCCGCCUUUAGCAGGGCCUAAACCACCGUACUCCCAUCUCUUCCUGCCUCUUCCUCCCCUGCCACCCCACUCUUCUCCCCGCUCCUCCAGCCCCAGGCCCGUGGGCCUGCUUCAAGGGUCCCAAGCCCCCUCUGUCUGGGAGCCCUCAGGAAUAGCCGAGUCCCACCCAAGAGGACAGGUAUGGAGGUCCCUGUCCUGACAGUGGCAGUGGCGGUCCACGCCUGCGUGUGGGAGGAGCAGGGUGAGCCACAGCAGCUCGAAGCUUCACUUCCUCCCUCCUGCCUUGCCUCUGCCUGCAGACACCUGAAGGGACAGACCAAACAACUAAAGGAACACUCAGACUGGGCCACGGGGCUCCCUCACUCUCCACCCCCUCCCACCCCGUUAUCAACCUUCCCAUCCCACCCAGAAGGGUCAAUAAUGGCGAGGCAGGGACAGGUGGCCUGCGGCCCCAGCCCUGAGCUCCAGUUAAAUGGCAGCCAGAGUUGGGUUGGUCUGGAGAGGCCAGACGGAAGGGAACUUGGGAGAAGAAGCCCUUCUGUGUUCCACCUGCCAUAGGCUGGGUCUGCUGCUUACUUGCUGUGUGACAAUUCCUUCCCUUCAAGAGCCUGUUUCCCCAUCUGGAGAAUGAGCGUAUUAGUCACGAAGGCCUCUAAAAGCACCCACACCCCCACUUAUCAGCCGUGGGAUCUUGGGCAAAUUAUCUAGCCCCUUUGUGCCUCAGUUUCCUCAUUUGUCAGAGGAGGAUAAGAAUUAUACAUACUUCACAGGAUGGAAUUAAAUGCCACAUGCCAACUGACUGGCACACAGUGGGUGCUCAGUAAACGUGAGGUCAAGGCUUUGGGUGGAGGAGUUCUGGAGCUCUGGGAUCUGGUGUUUGGGAUGAAAGGGAGGGGAGGGGACAUCGGGAGGGGACAUCCCAGGAGGCAUCGGGAGCAAAGAGUCUGUGUCCCCUUCCAAGGCAUCCCAAGGGGCAGGACUGGGCCUAUGAAGUUCCACCCCCUCUGGCACCAACUCCAGGGUGCCUCCAUGUCCCUCCACUCCUUCAACCAUCCAUAAACACUCCACACCCCAAGCCAGGAACCCGAAGCAGAGCCGGCAGCCCCGGGUGAUGACGGUGCAGGGAGCAGAGCGGCCACACGGGGGCAGCAGAGACCCGGCCCCGACAGCAGGGGAUUACGGCCUCAGGGAGAAUGGGGGUGGGAGGUCAGAAAAUGGGGCAGAGGGGCCAAGGCCAGGGGGGCCUUGGAGCAGAUGGAGGCCGGAGGGUGGUCACCUGUCUACUGACCCGACACUCAGGUCAUUCACUGAAUUCACUCAUCCAUGCAACUGUUGUUCCUUUGUUUCUUCAGUUUGUAAAUGCUUUGAGGGAGCCCAUCUUCCUUCCUUUCUCUUUCCCUUGACCCUUCCUUUUCCUUCCUUUUCCUUGUCCAGCCAGUGAACUGGACAUAACAUCCUGAGCCAGCUGGAUGCCAGCCUGGGGCAGGCACUCCUGUCUGGGAUACAGAGAUGGGUGGGACUCGGCCCCUGCCCUGGAGGUGCUCAAGACUUGGCUGGGGACUGGAAGAUCCUGCCUGGCCACCUGCAUCUGAAGGAGGGGAUUCCACCUCAGGCCGAGGGCCUGGGGUCUGCAGGGCAGUGACCCGCUGAGCAGGGUGCUGAAGGACUCUGGACCUGGGACUGGUGGGGCCUCAAGGGGGUGAGUCACCCGCAAGCUGGUAGUGACCAGCAGCCACAGAAAACAGUAAGACAGUUAACAGUACCCUGACCAGGCCGACUGUGACUUGGGCCGCCUCCCCACUCCAAAAUAAACUCCAGGAAAACGGUGCCGUCCAGGGCCUGGCAAUGACUGAGAUUUGGAGAAAUUCCCUGCCAACCAAGGCAGAUUUCCCCAGCCCAGUGACUAAUCUCCCUCUCACAGAAUCAGGAACGCAGAGUGGGAGUGAGGCUGGGUUUAACAUCAGGAGGCCUGGGUUGAAAUCCUGGCUCUGGGUCGUGCUAGCCUGCCACAAGCCAAUGCCUUUCUCUGAGCCUCAGCUCCCAAUGACCCACCCUGCCCAGCUCACGAUCUGAGCACUAAAUGAAAUAAUGCACAUGAGGUGUGAUGUUGGGAGACAGCCCAGCUUUGUCACCAGAUCUGGGUUCAAACUCAAAGCUCUGCCUCUUGCUAGCCUCUUGGAUCUUAGACAAGAGCUUAAACCUCCCUGGGCCUCAAGUGUCCCAUCUGUAAACCAGGGCUAACCCUUCCAACCUGCGAGCGGACAGUGCCUCCACUCGGUUGGCAAUCCAUUAAUGGGCGCUGUUACUAUUAGGAAAUGUUCAGUGAAACUCCAAAGCAUGACGCAUAUCAGGAGUGUCAUUAGAGUGAUUAUCCCCAUAGCAACCAAGGCCAAAAGCCUCUGUCUGACUCUCAGCUCCCUCCACCCCUGGUCUGACCCCACCUGCCUCCCAGCCUUGCCACCCAAAGCCUGAUGACAGCAGUAGUGGAGAGACUAGGGGAUGACGAGGCUGACAGCUGAUGGCUGGGGGAUGGGGUCCCUCCCCACCACUCCUUGGGGCGGGGAGUCCUGAUCAGUGGCUACACACCCAGCCUGGUGCCAGGUCACUGUCCAGCCCUUUGGUGGUUUUGGGGAGGAAGGGGCCUAAAGGUUGGGGAUGUCCUGGGGCACUCCCUCCAUCCAGGUGAGGCUUCAUUCAGCCUGCUGUCUGUGGCCCUGGGUGAGCCUGGAAUGGGAGUCAGGGGUCUGGGCUCUGCCUCUGUGUAGGAGGGGCCAUGACUCUUGCCCUGGCUGCCUCUUUGGGCCACAGUGAGGUUUAAAGGGGGCUGAGGGUGGUUUUUCACCUGCCUGGCUUGGAACUCCAUGAGGAAUGAUGUCAUGACCUGUGUGGGGAAGGGUGUGAAACCCCAAAACUUCUGCCCUCUGUUUGUCUGAGCAGUGAAAACAGUCCAAGAUCUGGGGGCCCUUGUGCCCAUUUUUUAAAUACAUGUUUUGACUCUGUCUACUAACAGGGGUGGGAGGUCGGGUGACAGUGAGUUUCCAGUUCAAUUCUGUCUUUAUUCCUGGCGUCCAAAGUGCUUCACUCUCCAGGCCCUAAUUAACCCUCAGCCUCACCCCCUGCACCAACUCCCCAAACCAACCUCACCAUCAUCACAGGGAAGAACCACACCACGCCCCCCAACCCCCGGCAAAGGAUCCCCCCUCCCCCUUGCUUCCAUACCUUGCACGUGCUGUUGCCUCCGUUUGGAACACUUUAUCCUUCCACUAUCUAACUGUGUCUCACUUUUUCCUGCAGACUCUGGCCCCUUUUCUCAGAAGGGUUUCCUGACCACCCCCAACCCCGGUGAGGAGCCCCUCUUCCCGACUCCCAUCCGCUGCCUGUCCCACCCACUGUUGUAGCUCUUAUCACAGUGAUGUCCUGCCUGUCUCCCAUUCUAGGCCGUGGGAGACUUUGACUUCAACGGUUCAGGGUCCCCAGGUCCGUGGGCACAGGGGGCCAUCAGUGUUGGUUAAAUUAUAAGAAUCACUCACACAUGGCAUCACCAACCACGUACCAGACCCUACUCUAAGUGCUUGACAGAUGGAAGGUUCCAUCGCUUUCUCCAGACCAUGACCGAGGCAGAGGUGAGACCCGCCUGUAGUGAGACUUCCUGGUGCUGGCUGGGGGAGGGUAGGCCCAGCUGGCAGUGCCAGUGACUAACGCAUAAAGGCCUGCCAGAUCACCCCCUUCCCACCUGCCCUGAAACACCUGUAGGGAGGCCGUGGUGUGGAGGGCUUCUCCAGAGCCCUGGGGAAAUGCACAUUCAUUCAUUCACUCAUUCAUUCAUCCAUCAAAAGUCACCAGUUCCUGCUGGGUGCCCCGCCUAGGCUGGGCACCAGGUACCCAGUCCCUGUCCCCAGCAAGCUAGUGGGCCAGCAGGGCUGACCCCCACCUCCCUUCUCCCGGGGAAGGGGGCCAGGACGCUCCUCUUUCCCCGUCCGCACCAUCAUGGCCCAGCUACGUGUCUGCUCCUCAUCAGACCAGGGUGCGCUCCUGAGGACGGAGGCCGAGUCUCGGUGCCCACUCCUGUGACCUAGCGCCCCACACAGAGGUGUGUCUUCCUCGGGCCGCCUGGGACCUGGGACGCGAGGGGCAGGGCCCAGCCGGCGCCAGGCCACGGAAUCCGCCCGGCCCCUCACCUGAGCCGCCAGCCACCGCCCGCACUUCCUCGCCCCGCCCCGCCCCGCCCCUUCCACAUUCCUGCCCCGCCAGCCCCGAGGCCGCCGCUCCGCUGCGCCUGGCCCUCCCUCCGCUGCCCCGCGAUGAAGGCGGCCCAGGCCUCAGGCGAGGAGACGCCGCCCGGCGCGCGGUCCGUCAAGGUGGUCCUGGUGGGCGACGGCGGCUGCGGGAAGACGUCGCUGCUGAUGGUCUUCGCCGAGGGCGCCUUCCCCGAGUGGUACCCGGAGGUGAAUCACUUCUGCAAGGAGGUGCCCAUCAUCGUCGUGGCCUGCAAGACUGACCUGCGCAAGGACAAGUUGCUGGUGAAGAAGCUGCAGAAAAAUAGGUUGGAACCUGUGACCUACCACAGGGGCCAGGAGAUGGCACGGGCCGUGGGCGCCGUGGCCUACCUCGAGUGCUCGGCUCUGCUCCAGGAGAACGUCCACACCAUCUUCCAGGAGGCGGCCAAGGUGGCCCUCAGCAGCCGCCGUCGCAACUUCUGGAGGCGGAUUACCCAGAGCUGUUGUGUGGUGACUUGAUGGGCUGGGGCGCUCCUUCCCUGACCACACCAGCGGCACAGGAAGGAGCUGGGCGCUGACCUGGCCAGUUGGCUGGGCUGGACCCAGUCCCCAGGCUGUGACCACCGAACUGUACCCCAAACAGAUGGGCACCGCCGAGGCCGGGCCCCUGACUCUGGCGCUGGUAUCCCUGGACUGGAGAGAAACCCCUCUGAGGCCUGAGGAAGGGGGUUCCCGGGCUCACCAGCCCUGUGGAGGGCUAGGCCUGGAGACCCCUGGAAUCACUCCCAGCUCCCAGCCCUGGACUACACAUCCUGGAGCGGCCUGUGCAGCCUGGCGCCACCUCGUGGCUGUUCCCGGGCCUGCACCUUCAGGACCCGGUGGUGCUAGGACCCUCCAGCCAGAACUCACACCCUGCCCCGUCCCCCUUCGCCCUGCCCAUCCCAGUGGUAACUGUAACACUAAAAUGACAUCACUUUUCA